AUGUCCUCCCCAUUCCGCAUCGUCGAGCACGUCGUGCCCAGUCAGCACAUUAGGGAGUACCCUGCAGCCACGGCCAACGAUCAAGAAGAGCCUUUGAAUUUGGCCGUGAAACAAUACAUUCCCCUAGACAAUCCCAACCCGCAACCAGGCGAUGUCACCAUCCUUGCUGCCCACGCGAAUGGCUUCCCCAAGGAACUAUAUGAGCCGCUCUGGGAAGAGAUUUACGCUCGGUCUAAGCAAAAUGGACUCCGCAUUCGCAGUAUUUGGAUGGCCGACGUGGCGCAUCAAGGCGAGAGCAGCGUGAUCAAUGAAGAUACUCUUGGAAAUGAUCCUAGCUGGUUUGACCAUCCCCGAGAUCUCCUUCACCUGGUCAAUGUCAAGCGGGCUGAAAUGCCCCGGCCUAUCGUGGGCAUCGGACAUAGUAUGGGCGGCGCUCAUCUCGCACAACUAUGUCUAAUGCACCCCCGACUUAUCCACUCACUCGUCCUCCUGGACCCAGUGAUCCAACGCCAAACCACCCAAUUAGACGGUCUCAGCCUCCAAAAGAACAUACGGGAGAUCGCCAAGACAACCCAGCUAUCAACCCACCGGCGCGAUCUAUGGCCCUCCCGCCAAGCAGCCGCAGAGGGCUUCCGUCGUAGCCCCUUCUACCAAACCUGGGACCCACGAGUGCUAUCCCGCUGGAUCGAGUAUGGACUACGCGACCUCCCAACAGCCAUCCACCCACUAGACCCCAAGACCAUAGACAAGGCCACCGGGCCACCAGUGACCCUGCGCACCCCGCUCCACCAAGAAGUCUUCACCUUCUCCCGCCCCAACUACAACCACGCCCCCAACAGCACUCAACCGAUCAACCGCGUGACACACCCAGAUCUAGAUGCAACAAACCCGCAAAACUACCCCUUCUACCGCCCAGAAGCAGCCCGCAUCUUCGCCCAACUCCCCCAUCUGCGCCCCAGCGUGCUGUACAUCUUCGGCGGCAAGUCCGAUAUGUGUCUGCCGUUUAUGCGCGCCGAUAAACUCGCUAACACCGGUACCGGGCUGGGUGGCAGUGGUGGUGUUGCUGCGGGCCGUGUGCGCGAUGUUCUCCUCGAGGAGUUUGGCCAUUUACUUGCCCAAGAGGCUGUGAAUGAAUGCGCCGAUGCAGCGGUUUCCUGGUUUGUGCCGGAGAUUAGGCGCUGGCGUGAUGAGGAGGAGAGUUUCCGUACGGCUUGGAGUAAGAAGUCGAAGAUUGAGAAGGUUACUGUUGAUGCGGAGUGGUUGAAGAAUGUUCCUGCGCCGACACGUCGACCGAAGAAGGUGCAGAAUGGGGAGUCGAAGCUGUGA